GCAGCAGUAUUAAUUCAACACGUGAAAGCCGCCCAACACAAAUGGGAUAAGGAAAUUGACAGUUGGUAAGGUAAUUUCACCAACCAACCGUCGUUUUCUGGCUUUCAUAGAAAUUAUGGAGCUGUGAAAAAAACAAAAACAAGAGGAACACAUUGAUUGACUUUAACAACUGAUUAACAAAGUAAUAGUAGAUCAUUUUGUUCACUCUUUAUAGAAAGUGGUGGGGGAAACGCAACCUCAAUUAUUCAAACUCCCAGUGCCUAUCUAACGUACGGCUAAUAUUGAACCAUGUUUUCUAUAAAAUGGCACAAAGCUAAAAAAGAAAGCAAGCAAUCACAAGGCCUUCAACUUUGGUAAAUCAUGGGUUCAGUUGAAGCCAGAAAACCCCAUGCAGUGUGUCUUCCAUUCCCAGCACAAGGGCAUGUGACCCCCAUGAUGAGAUUAGCCAAGCUCCUACACUCAAGGGGCUUCCACAUAACCUUUGUCAACACUGAGUUCAACCACAUGCGACUGAUCCGGUCCAAAGGACCCGACAACAUAAAGGGGCUGCCGGAUUUCCAGUUUGAAACUAUACCAGACGGGUUGCCGCCGUCCGACCGUGAUGCAACCCAAGAUGUCCCUUCCCUAUUUUAUUCCACAAGGAAGAAUUGUUUGGCCCCGUUUAAAGAGCUUGUGCUUAAGCUUAACUCAUCAUCUGAAGUUCCUCCAAUCACUUGCAUAGUUUCGGAUGGGAUUACGGGUUUUGGAAGAAAAGUUGGAAAAGAAUUAGGCAUCCGGGAGGUUCAAUUUUGGACUGCUUCUGCUUGUGGCUUCAUGGCAUAUCUCAACUUCAGUGAAUUCAUCAAAAGAGGCAUCGUUCCAUUCAAAGACGAAAGCUUCAGAGAUGACGGCACACUUGACACACCAAUCGACUGGAUCCCGGGCAUGAAAAACAUCAGAAUCAAGGACAUCCCUAGUUUUGUUAGAACCACCGAUAUUAACGAAAUCAUGUUUGAUUUUCUAGGAUCAGAAUCACAAAAUUGUUUGAAUUCUUCUGCGAUCAUCUUCAACACAUUUGAUGAGUUUGAAUAUGAAGUACUAGAGGAAAUUUCAGCCAUGUUCCCUCACAUUUACAAUAUAGGUCCGCUUCCCUUACUAGGCCGGCAUGUGCCUAAUAGCCAACUCAAGUCCUUAAGUUCAAGCUUAUGGAAAGAAGAUUCCAAAUGUCUCCAAUGGCUUGAUAAAUGGGAAUCCAAAUCUGUUGUGUACGUAAACUAUGGCAGCAUUACCGUGAUGACAGAACAACAUUUGAAAGAGUUUGCAUGGGGGCUUGCAAAUAGCAAGCACUCAUUUUUGUGGAUAGUUAGGCCGGAUGUGGUAAUGGGAGAUUCAGCAAUUUUGCCUCCAGAAUUUUUCGAGGAGAUUAAGGAUAGAGGAUUGCUAGUGAGUUGGUGCCCCCAAGAGCAAGUGCUAGCUCACCCAUCAAUAGGGGUUUUCCUAACCCAUUGUGGGUGGAACUCUACGUUGGAAAGCAUAUGUGCUGGUGUGCCUAUUAUUUGCUGGCCAUUUUUCGCUGAGCAACAAACGAAUUGUCGGUAUGCUUAUACUAGCUGGGGGAUUGGCAUGGAGGUCAACCAUGAUGUUAAACGUGAUGAGAUUGAAGCACUUGUUAAAGAAAUGAUGGAAGGAGAUAAAGGAAAGGCAAUGAGGCAAAAGGCACAAGAAUGGAAAAUGAAAGCAGUGGAAGCUACUGAUAUUGGAGGUUCAUCUUACACAAGCUUUGAAAGGUUGAUUAAGGAGGCUCUGAUCUGAUGCAGAAUACCUACAGAAGUACAGAGUUCUUAAUUAUCUACAGCCAUAUUAUAUUUAUUGCCUUUUAUUUUUCAAGUGAAGGUCGUGCAAGCUUAGAGUCCAAGUUACACGAAAUUGAACCAAGAGCAAGGAGGGUUGUAUUGCAUGACGAGUCCAUCUGCAAGAGGGCUUGUAUUUCGAAGGAUCCUUAUAUAUCAAGACAUUGUUAUUUUCGUAAUUCUUUUAGUAAUUCUAGACUUUUUUUUUUUUUU